AUGACGAGCCCAGUGGCAAUAUGUACACUGCCUCCCACGCGCUUUACCCGUCGCUUUAAUAAAGCGCCGGCGCUGGUGCGGUUGGAGUGGCAGACCGCACUCGACACGAUGAUGCGCUUCGUUAAUGCGGCAUUUUUCCUCCCGCUCUUCCUGCCGGUAUCCCGCACACAAUCACCGAAUAAUGCUUCCACGUCGGAAGAAGAGACCGUUACGCGGUCCGUUGUGCAGAAUGCACAAGCGGCCGACUUCUUACCGAAAGUUCUUCCCAGUAUCGGCGAGACGAAAUUGUUGGGCUGUAUUCUGAUGGAACGCGGAGACACGAACGAUUUGUAUGAUUAUAAUAAAGCCGCAGCGGCCUUUGAACUGGCGGUGGAGUGGAUCAACCAGUAUGUCUUCCCGGUUAAUCUCAGCCUGCAGACGCGCUAUCUGGAUAUCGGCAGUAAUUGCGCACCGCGCAAUCGCAUUGUCGCGUACGCGAUGGAUCUGUGGAAUCGCAACAUCAAUUGUGACGUGUAUUUUGGACCGGGGUGUGGUGCGGCGGCGGAGAAUCUCAAUGACUUUGCCGAAUUUACCGGCACACCCAUCUUCGGUUUGCCAGCGGCCAGUGUCGGGAUGAAAGCGUCACUGGAUAAGUACACAUUGGUGUUGCGUCCAUCGAUAACGCAUUCGACACUGGCUAACGUCCUGGUGCGCUUCUUCACGAAAUUCAACUAUACAACACCGUUCUUCUUAUACGACACGUUCAGCCCGUUUUUCCGCGAAAUGGGCGUACUGCUGAGUGCAGCGAUUCUGGAAGAAAACGCCGAUCUGUACUACAGCGCAAAAUUCCAGGGUUUCGACAGCUCAGUGGCCGGUCAUGCCGAUACGGUGGAUUUCCUGGGAGAAGUCUCAAAAAUCUCCCGCGUGCUGAUUAUCCUAGCCAACGCGACGACGGUUAGGAAUAUCAUGGUGACCGCAUUCCAAGAAGGAAUGACGAACGGCGAUUAUGUGUUUCUCGCGUAUUACGACGAGAAGGAUUCGCUGGCUAAACUGGCCUUCCGCCCACUCCUUCUCUUAUCCAUACGCUUGCCCACGGACGACAGUCUAAUGAAUUUUUGGACGGAUGUGCGAGAGCGCGCCCAAAAGAAGGGAUAUUAUCAUUUUGCUUCCGAUUCCAAACCGGAUUUAAUGGUCGCCCAUGUCUAUGAUGCUGUCUACCUCUACGCUUCCGUGGUGGUAACGCUUUUGUCGCGAUAUCAAGACUUCCUGAACGGUUCGCUUGUAGCAGCUUCCGUUGUCAACUUUACCUUCUUCAGUGUGCCUUUAAACCGUCCAGUCGUCAUGGACCAAAACGGUGACCGGGUGUCCACUUAUACCAUUAGAAAUUUCGAUCCCGGAUCGGGAAGUUUAAUGUACGAAAUGAUCUGA